ACUAGGACCACAUUGGGCACACACUUGCACGUAUGCUUAUGGAGACCACAUGACGAUCCAAUGUGGUGGACAGAACAAAGGAUUGGAUGUAAUGGAGCUAGAAAAGGAAGCUAGCUUAGAAUAUUAGAUGAGAACUCUAGUAAUGGAUAACAAAACAACCAAUACCCUGAUUUGUUAUAGUAGGCAGCAAGAGAGUAUAGACUUCUGCUGUGACAGCUUCAUCCCAUCUACAUUGCACCAGCACAAAUAGAAUAAACCAUUGUGAUAUCUGAUGCCUCUAUAUACCUUGAACCUCAAUUGUGUCACAGUUCCUGAUCUACAAUUUUUUGCGUAAUCUCUAUUAGUAUGGAGUUCAUUUUUAUGAGGUUUUUUCUGGUCGGGAAGUAUGCCAUCAGAAUCUGAUAAGUGGGGAUGGAAGCAUGUUAGUGUGUUUGGUGGUUUUGAUAAGGGAAGUGGUACAAAAAAGUGGAAAUGUAAUCACUGUAAUCGACGAUAUAAUGGAUCAUAUUCACGUGUUAGAGCUCACCUCCUUGGAUUCACAGGUGUAGGAGUGAAAAGCUGCCCAGCAAUAGACAGGUCAAUGAGAGAAGCAUUUCAGACUUUAGAAGAGGAGCGAGUUGCUAGGAAAAAGAAAAGAAGUUCGGGAAAUGGAAAGCCUGGCAAGCGCAUUCAAAUUCCACAACAAAACCUUACCAGUGUGUUAAAAGCUGCCACAAAAGAGGACGUAGAUGACAUAGUGGCCAGAUUUUUCUAUGCUGAUGGUUUGAAUCUCAAUAUUGUAAAUUCCCCUUAUUUUCAUGAGAUGGCUAAAGCUAUUGCUGCUUUUGGCACUAGUUAUGAACCCCCAUCAAUAGAUAAGCUGUCUGAUUCUUUUCUAAGUAAAGAGAAAGCUAGGAUGGAGAAAGCUAUAACUUUAAUAAAGGAGUCCUGGUCUCACACAGCCUGCACCAUAAUCUGUGUCAACCGUUUGGAUGGAACGCUCGGCUGUUUCUGUAUUAACAUCUUCAUCUCAAGUCCAAGGGGACUCAUGUUCUUGAAAACAAUAGAUAUAAAUGAAGGCGAUGGUGCAGACAUUUUGUUUACCAAUGUCCUUAGCAAUGCAAUAACUGAAGCUGGGCCCACAAAUGUGCUUCAGGUCAUCUCACAUCUAGGCCAUGCAAGCGAGUCUUUUGAAUCCUUAAUCCUGUCAAAGUUUCCUCACAUAUUUUGGUCCCCCUGCACUUCACAUUCUAUUCACAUGUUGAUGGAAAACAUGGCUGAAAUAGAUUGGAUAAAACUUGUAGUCUUGUGUGCCAAGGGGAUUGACCAAUGCAUGCUGACAUAUGAACGUUCUUCUUUCUGUGUUUCCACUCAAAAUUUGAAAGAGAGCUUUGAUCCACUUCGCGCCAAGCUUGCACCUUCAUAUUGCAUGGUCCAGAUGAUUUUUGAGCUAAAGCAAGCACUGCGAGAGGUGGUUCUUAGUGAAGAAUGGAAACAGUGGAAGGUUGCUAUUGCAGAGGACACUAGCAAUAUUGAGUCUGCCAUUUUAGGGGACGAUUUCUGGGAAAGGGCUCAUUUGUUGCUGCAGUUGUUUGAGCCUUUUGUAAGAUUGCUUACAAUUCUUGACAUUGAGAAAUCUGUCAUGGGUGAUGUCUACUUUUGGCGGUUUCAGGCACUUGAAGCAGUGAAGUGUAAGGGAAUUGAUGAUAUUGCAUUGAAUCAACUGGAAUUGUUGAUUGAGAGCAGGUGGGAUAUGUUGUUUUCCCCUCUUCAUGCUGCUGGUUACAUAUUGAACCCUAGAUAUUUUGGAAGGGGUCAGACAAAGGAUAAAACGGUAAUGCGGGGUUGGAAAACCACCCUUGAAAGAUACGAGCAUGACAGCGCUGCGAGACGGGUUCUUAGAGAGCAGCUCAGCUCUUAUUGUCGACUUGAGGGAUCUUUGGGGGAAGAAGAUGCUGUGGAUUGCAGAGAUAAAAUGGAUCCAGUUGCAUGGUGGGAGAAUUUUGGUUUUGAAACACCUCAUUUGCAAACACUAGCUAUAAAGAUUCUGAGUCAGGUUCCAAGUGCUGCUAUGUGUCAAGAGAGUUGGCAAGAAAAUGAUUUUCCAUGUCGAGAGAUAGCCAACAGGUUGGGAGUGGAGAGAGUGGAAGAUUUCAUGUUUGUCCGAAACAAUCUGAAACUCCAAAGCCUAAGAUAUGGACAUUUAAACUUCACGUCUGGCCAAAGGAGCGGGAAUUUUAGUAUACCUUCUGGUGCUAGGACAUGGGAUAUUGCUCAUCGUGAUCUAACGAAGGGGAUAAUGAAUAUCCAUAACAAAGUGUGAAAAAAUGGAAAAAGACUUUGAGACUUUUGGAAUUGGAUCUAUGGCAGAGACUUGUAGUUAACUUUGAAAUAGUGUCAUAAUGGCUUGCUUCCGUGGCAAAUUCUGAUAAUAUUGACUUAACAAAGGGAAGAUGAAAAGUGAACUAGGCUCACUUCCAGUGACACUAUUGAAAGCGUGAUUCAGAGACUCAAGAAAGUGAUCCAGGUUAGUUAUACUUUAAUGUGACUUAAUUGAAAAUUGCAAUUCACCAUGUAAAGAAGUGGAAAAUACAGCAUUUAGGUUACUAAAAUAUAUGCAUGGAUGUAGAUAUAUAUAUGCAAAUGUGUCUGUUAAGUAGCUGAGAGUUUUGGGUGCUAGACCAUGUAUCUUCUCCUUUAUUAUGGUGUGCCUAACUUUAUCCGGCAUUUGCUUUCUAUAUCAAUUUAAACUCUGAAAGCAGGGUUUUCUUUUUCUC